AUGACUCGAACCAUUCUAAUUGUGGGCGCUUCCCGUGGCCUUGGUGCCUCUCUCCGGGCCCGUUAUUCCUCCGAGCCAUCCACGAAGGUGUUUGCGACAUCGCGAACGACAGCCCCAGACACGACCCCAGGCGUCACCUGGUUGACUGAUAUCGAUGUCUCCCAGCCCAACGUGGGCCAGAAGCUCGUGUCACAACUCCCAAAGUCAAUCAAGAUCUCCACGGUCAUUAUCACAGCGGGCUAUUUCGGGUUUGAAACCUUCGACGCGCCUGACUGGGAGAAACAAGUUCAGAUGUACACUACUUCCGCGAUUGGGCCCGUUUUUGUGGUACACCACCUGGUCAAGGCCGGGGUAUUGGGAGAGGGCAGCAAAGUGAUCUUGGUUAGUAGCGAGAGUGGUAGUAUCACUCUGCGCCAUGAGAAGGAAGGGGGAGGGAACUUUGGCCAUCAUGCCAGCAAGGCAGCGCUCAACAUGGUGGGGAAGCUCUUGAGCUUGGACUUGAAACCCCAGGGCAUUGCGGUUGGUCUGGUACAUCCAGGUUUUAUGCGUACCGAGAUGACCAAGAGCGUUGGAUUCGACAAGUACUGGGAUGCUGGCGGAGCGGUGACGCCGGACGAAGCAGCUCAGUCGUUGGUCUCGUUCAUUGAUGGAUUUGAUCUCAGCAAGACUGGUGAAUUCUGGGCACCGCGGGGUCCGGGAGAUAUUGGGACCGCCGAGGAUGUCCUUGGAAAGGACUUGCCAACUCCUUUACAGCUGCCAUGGUAG